AUGUGCGGUGUAAUACUCACGGCGUUUCUCACUUUGUGGACAAGACCAUCUCCCAACGCGUCACAGCAAGCUCAUUUAGUUCCAAAAGACGUCAACAUCGACCAAGACUCCCCAAGGGCCCAACUAAGCGUUCGUGGUCUUCCAAUUGGCGCCAAACCACAAAUAACAAAUGACAAUGAAGCUGAUGAAGAUGGCUAUCCAGCCCAAGACUACGACGACCAGGUUAUAGAUGACCUUAAGAACUAUAACGAGAGGGAAGAUUACGACGAAGAAGAAUACGAGGAAGGGGAGGAAGCAAAUAAAGACGAGAACCCAUCAACGGCCGACUCUGACUUUGAUGACUUUGAUACUCUUGAAGAUUAUGGCAAUCACGCCGAGUACAAUGACGUCCCUGAUAGCGACAAGGUGAAUGAUAAUGACAAACCCCAAGAGUUAGAAUUCAAUGACAACACUGAACCCAAGGUGGAUGAUCCGGAAUUUGGGGAAAACGAAGAUGAGAAUGAGGGGCUUGGACGCAAUAAACCUUCAGAUACAGACGCAGACGAUGUUAACGCUGAUGAUGAGAAUACAUAUGAUUUGGAUACUAAUGCCAAUGAUGGUAUAGACGAUAGAAAGGAAUCUCCUUUUAUUCUUCGAAAAGAAGAAGAACAAGAAGUCGAUCAGAAACGAGUUCUCAAUUCACCCGAAGACUUACUAGAGACUCGUAAUGACAAAGAACACGUUAAGGCAUCAAGUGUACUGGAGGAGUACAAUCUGGGCCGCUUGGGUGAAAAGAGGCAAAAGGAAGACCCAAAGGUUGAGGAGAGCCCCUCAGAGCAACAAACCGGGAAAAAUAAUGACAAGAUAUCUGACAAUCUUCCAAAUUCGCCACUGGAUGCACAAAACGAAACAUUUUCACAUGAAGUCAAAAACUCCCCACCUCAACAGGUUGAGAAGCAAGUACACGAGGGUGACGGUGUGCUAGAAAAUGAAAAAGCGCUUGAGCAAGAAAAGAGUUUUAAUAUAGACAUGAAGGAUGUGUUGGACGACAAAAAAGAGAAGCUUCCAGCAGCAGUCGCCCUUAAGCAUUUGGAAGAACUGAAAAAUGUCAUGGAUGGAAAAAAGGUGUGGAACAUGGAGAUAUCAAACGGUCAGAAAGAUCAACAGCAACAAGAUUUCGAUAAGAGUCCUGUGAAAGCAAAAGAAAACCUCAAAGUUAAUGAAGAGGACCGAGAGAACACCAAGGAGGAUGACAAACCUGUAGGUUUAAAGGUCCCUCUGAAUCUAUCUGAAGCACAGAAACAGGAAGACACCAUCAUCGAUGAUAAGAACCAACCAGGGAUUAUUUCAAAGAAUAAAAGCACCGAGGUCAAACACGUUCAAGAAGAUUCAAGAAAACGCCCAGUUAUGGGCGUUGAAGGAGAGCCAAAACCUGACAAUGAAACGCGAGAUGUAAUGGAUGAGACGGCUGGGCAGAUCAGAAGUGCCAAAAUGAACUCCUCUUCGUUGCCCAAUCUUCCUCCAAAAGAAGCUAUUCUUGAAACUGAAGCAGUCCAGGCAAAACGAGAAAAUCCUGAAGGAAAGGAAUUCCCCGUUGAUGUGGUCAAGGCCACAGAAGUGAAGAAGAGUGAAAAAAAAGAUGCCAAAGCAAAGGAUGAUGACAAUAUCGAUCCCGUAGAGGUUAGUAAACGAGAAAACGCCAAAGCAAACGAAUUGGCCGCUGAAAUGGUCAAGAUCACGGAAAUGAAAAAGAGCGAAGAAGAAGAAGCCAAAGCAAAGGAUGAUGACGAUAUAGAUCCUGCAAAGGAGGGUAAACGAGACAAUUUAAGAAUAGGAAGAGUGGACGCGGAAAUGGUCUUACGAGAAUUGAAGAAACAGGAGGAAAAAGAAAUCAAACUAAAUGAAGGUAACAAUAUUGAUCUCGAUAAGAACAACAAUGAACCAGUGGUAGUAAAGUGGAAUGAUGAAAAAAAAAUCGGAGCCGAGAAAAGUUCUAGAGAGAUUGAAAGUGUACAAGAAAAUGUUGACGAGUUUUUUAAUCUGCCGCAUCAAAAUUUCGAAGAGCAGAUCAACCGCCCACAUGAGGUCCGUGAUCCCUAA